AUGCACGCAUUUCGGUUCACCUCAAAAACCGCUGUGCACGCUUGCCGCUCUCCAUUCCCCCCAGGCAAGGGCAUCAACGUGGUCUUCAACUCGGCCUUCCAGUCCGUGUCAGCAUUCGCCAACGCGGGGUUCGGACUAAUGGACGAGAACCUCAUUCCCUUCCAGCGCAAUGUGCCGUACCUGCUGGUCGUGGCCGUGCUGAUCCUGGUGGGCAACACCAUGUACGCCCCCAUGCUCCGUGGCGUGCUGGCACUACUCCAUUCAACCAGCAAGAAGGACAGCAGCCGAUGGCACAUAACCAAGUACCUGUUGGACCAUCCGCGCAAGUGCUACACGCAGCUCUUCCCACACAAGCAGACGCUCUGGCUGCUGCUCACAAUCGUCACAUUCAACACCAUCCAGGCUUUCUUUAUUAUGGCUCUCGACUGGAACUCCCAGGCCUUUGAAGGGCUCGGAGGUGGGUACCGAUUCUUCGACAGCUGGAUGCAGUCUGUGAGCACGCGCAACGCGGGCUACUCCAUUGUCAACAUCUCCUACCUCACAGCUGCCACCAACUUCCUCUUUUGUGGUUUCAUGUACAUGGCGGUCUACCCGGUCUUUCUCACACGUCAGUCCUCCCGAGAGCAGCGCGACGUGCAAGACUCGGACGACCUAGCUGUCUUCUCAGAGGACCUGCAUGGGGGCGUGCUUGACUCCUCCGUGCUGGCGCAGGGCCGGCACCUGGUGGCACAGGACUCGGUGUACCUGUUUGUCUCGGUCUUCCUCAUCUGCGUCAUCCAGAACGGGGAAUUCAACUCCGACCCAGCCAACUGGACUGUCUUCAAAGUGAUUUUUGAGAUUAUUAGUGCCUACGGCAACGUGGGACUGUCUCUGGGAAACAGCUGCCCCACCAGCAACCCCGACUGCACAGACGCGCCGCCCUACAGCUUUUCAGGCUCGUGGUCAGUGCUCUCUAAGCUAAUAGUCAUCCUCGUGAUGCUGCUGGGGCGCCACAGAGGGCUACCAGACAACAUCGACGCCGCCAUUGUCAUUCCGCCGCCCAAGCAGUUCCAGCGCCGGCCUGCCCAGCGAAUCACAGAGGAUCCCGCUGUGCUGCUCACACGGGCACUCACAAUGACCAAGUCUCAGCCCAGCUCUCUCAUGCGCCGCAUCUCCUCGCUGCAUGUUACUCAAUCAACUCCUGGAGCCGUGCCAUCUUCAGUGCCCUCGUCCGUUCCUUCAGAAGUGCCAUAUCGGGUUCACACUAGCUAA